AUGUGUUUGAGAGUCCUCACUUUCUUAACAUCGAUCCGACCAUGCACAUGGGUCGUCUGUCUCCCGUUGCCGCCGAACUUGCGCUUCAUCUGGGAGGCUUUGCAGGAACGAGACGCGCAGAAGCGCCGCGCCAUCUUGUAUAAGCUCUUCGCCGGGUGUGCCGCGACUGCAGACUUUCCGCGCCACCUGGUCCUGGAGGACCUUAUCGAGAUGUACCCUGACGCCAGGAUUGUGUUGAACGUUCACAAAGGCGGUGGUGUUGAUGGUGGUGGUGGUGCCGGCGAAGAAUGGUCCGCCAGCGUAAAGGCGAGGAUCGCGCCGUUCAUGAGUUGGCAGUAUCGCGUUGCUGGUUUCUGGAGUGUACCUGACCAGUGGCACCGUUUGUGUCUGGUGCAAUGGCAACGCUUUGUUAGGGAGAAGUUCCGUGUCGAAACCGUCUGGAGUAAGGACUUGUAUGACAUGCACAACCAGUGGGUGCUUGAUGUUUGUCGAAGGAGGGGGAAAGACGUGCUGGUUUGGGAUUCGAGUAUGGGCUGGGCUCCGUUGUGCGAUUUUCUGGGCAGGAAGGAGCCGGAAGUCGGUAUCCCCAUGACGGACACCGAGCAAGAAGAGAUAAAAGGUGUAGUACAAAGGAGAAUGCGCGUCGGGUUGAAGCUGUGGAUGAGGAAAGUUGUCGUACCGAUGGCAAUCUCUGUCCUUGGUGGUUGGGCAAUCGAGAGGGCGCUUAGUCUGCGGCUACCUGUGUGA